AUGCGAAAUCUUGCAACAGUUUAUCUAACGGUGUUAGCCGCCGCGGUUGCCGCACAGCACGGGUCGCACAGUGCGCAUGGCAGCACAGGGCAGUUGAAUAACAACAGCAUCCACCCUGUGGCGCACGAAAGCCACCACAUGCACGGGAUGCCGAUCCUGGAGACGCAGCUGACGGCGGCGGAGCGGGCGUACUGGGAGCAGUACGAUACAAUGACAUACUUCAACGCACCCAGCAAGCGGAAAAGGGGGUUGUGGAUGCACGCGGCGGCCGUGGCGGGGACGGCGCUGGUGCUGUACCCGGCAUCGCUGGUCUUGGCGGAGUCCGAGUCGCGCUGGUACUUGGUAUGCCUGGCUGCCCACUGCCUGGUGCUGUGGACGGGGCUGGCGGCGCUCGCGGUGUAUGCUGCGUCGCUACCGUCGACGCUGUACCCCGGAAAUGUAUACGGGACGCUUUCGUGGAUCGUUGCUAUUGUGUCAGUCUCGCACGCUGCGUCUGCCGUAGUAGUUCGAGCGGCAAAGUGGCUGGCCCCAGACGCAGCCCCCUACGCCAUCCCGCUAGAGCUCCUCAGGCCAGAGCGCUCCAGCAGCUCGCACGAGCACAGUCAGGAGAGCAUUGAUGAACACGAGGCCAACGUUGGGAAAAUGUACUCGCCCGGGGAGGAGACGGCAGAGCUUGCGCCAGACGUGGAGCAGGCGACGGGUGGCCUACGCGAUGGUUACAGGCGCGAGCGCAUGCAAGCGCCGGCGCUAUUGCGCCACCCAAUCGUGCAGCAGAUGGCCGAACGCUUUGGCACGGUGUUCGGGGCGGUAUACCGCAUCACGAACUCGCUGCAGUUACUGCUCCUGCUCGUGUACGCUGCCGUUGGUUUUGCCAUAGGAAAUCGGUUUGCCCAGGGGAAGUACGUGUUUAACUUCCUGGCGCACUGGAUAAAAGGUGGUAUCUUCUUCCUGCUCGGGGUUCUCUCGCUUGCUCGCUACUGUGGUUUCGGCGCAGCGCACGGCUGGGCGUGGAAUGCAAUAGCAUACAAGGCGCGUCGAGAGGACGUGUCCCGCUGGCGACGGCUGUUCCCGCAGGGCACCACCAUGGAGGGAGUGGAGUCGUUCCUGAUAUUCUUCUACGGGUCCACCAAUGUGUUUUUGGAGCAUCUAGCAAACCCUGGCGGCCGGUGGGAAGCAAAGGAUCUGCAACACGUGUCGAUCGCGUUCAUGUACAUCGGAUGCGGACUGUGCGGCCUGAUUGUCGAGCGCCGGCUGGCCAGCUGGCGCUGUGUUGCAGCCGCAAGGGUAGUGGGCGAUUGCGACGAAGGGUCCCCAGGAUUUUCUCCAAAUCCCUUCCCUGCGCUAACAGUAUUCUUCACGGGGAUCCUGAUGUCGCAGCAUGCGCAGGCUUCGGAGGUCUCGACGGUGAUCCAUGCCCAGUGGGGAAAAUUGCUAGCGUAUGGUUCGUUUUUCCGUAUCUUCACGUUUCUCCUCCUGCUGCUGUUACCACGCAAGGGCAAGGGCCCAGCCCACCCAUUUCCGGAGCUGGUGACCUCAUUCUGCCUCGUAUCUGGUGGUAUGAUCUUCAUGGAGUCCACGGAUCAGGUUAUAGAAGCGCUGGAGUACCGCGGGCUAACGCCCAUGUUCACCUUUAACCUCAGCGUUGGCACGACGGUCCUGGUGAUGGCAUGGAUCAUGUUGCUAUUCAGCUGGCGCGAUGCUAUGUGCGCUCAAAGCAGUGCACACCGUGUUGCCCGCUAG